ACACGAAAAUUAAAAAAUUAAAAGAAAAUUAAAUUAAGAGAAAAAAAUUCUUCUACCUGACGAUUCGAACCGCGGAGCUCUCGAAUAACUCGCCACUGUUUUGCUGUGUCGGCCAUUGCGAGCUUUUCGCCUUGAAAGUUCGCAAGCGAAUUUUUUUUUUAAACAUUCGUGCCAGAAUAAACAAAAUCUUUCAAACCUAUCUUGCCUCGCGUACUGUGUUUCAAUUAUCUUCAAAAGACUUUCAACUAUCUGAGCCAAAAGUACCCCGCAAAUUGUAUUAGUAACGCCAUAGUGGAAUAGAGAGCUUACGGGACGGGGCUUAGAAUUAAAAUUAGAAAAAUUAUGAACGAAUUUGGUUGGAUUAAAAUGUACCAAUCAUUUCAAGGUGUAUUGAGGCUUCGAUGACCUUGGUAAAGAAGUUACUAAUAUAAAUAGAUUUAAAUUUAAAUGUUGUAGUCUUUGCCUGACCAAGACCAGAUGAGGCCCAAAGUUUGUUGAGCUAUAGAGUUGUAUGGCUGAAGAGCAUGGGUUCGAUCUCGAAAUAGUUAAAAGUUAUCGGUAAUGACAUAUGUAUCUACUUUCUGAAAAUAAUGCUACGCACAUUUCACAAUAAUCCCGACAUUGAAAAAAUGCCUCAUACGCCAGAGUUUACACACAAAUACGAUAUAAAAUAACAGUGAAUGAAGCCACCGCGCAAAUCAAGUUUACAAAAUAAUUACAGAACUCUUUAGAAUCAAAGAGGAAACGGUAAAUAAAAGUGUAAGAACAACCGAGAAAUAACUAUUAAAAAAAAUCGAACUACAAAGAUACAUAAAAAAAUUAAAAUAUAAGUAAAAGUAUUGUGUCCUUAAAUCACAUACAAAUCUACGUAAACCUGUGAAAAGUUACGAAAAUAAGAAUAUAUUAAAGCAACAGCAAAAGAAAACGAGGAGAAAAAAGUACAUGCAACGAAAUAUGUUGUGAAAAAGAAAGUAACAAUAAAACCAACCACACUUCUCCAAGUGUAUAGUAUUGAAGUGAAGUGAGCAAAAACAAAAAUAUUGACGCAGAUGUUUCUGUUACCAAACAAGUUCGAGCAAUCGCUCCGCGCCUCGCCCAUACAGCCGGCCACACCAGCACAGCCUGGCACUGGCCUGAAGCCAGAAUUUCACCGCGGCUGCACCGGGAAGGCGCAUGCCUGUGGCACACUUAAAUCGCGCUUGGCGGCACAGAACAACAGCAACCCGCCCACUAAGAAUGGCAUACACACAGCUACGCCGCUCGCUACAAAGUCCACGCCGCGCAAAAACAGCAUUAGCUCAGAGACGAUCAGCGAUAGUGGUUCUGAGAAUUCAGCCUCAUGGCAUUCACACGAUUCGAUGAUAACACAGAAUGAAGGACGCACAGCGUUAGAUGGCGCGCCAAUAGCUGCGGUCACACUAAAGGUUGGCGGCGCGGGCAAACCUGCGCUUGCCAAGAAACCAACACUCAGCGCUCACACAAAAGAGUAUGCAGCGACUAUGGCAAAGGCGUUAAAGGCGGUCGACGCACCACCACGAUCGCCAAUGAUGAACGUUAAGCGCGCGCUCAGUCAACCACAGCGUAGCGCAGCAGCCGCGCGCACCGCAUCACCUGCGCCCACGGCGUUGCAGGCGUCCAUCAAUGGCGGCGGCGGCGGCGGACGGCGCAUGCGACUGCACAGCGAUGGAGAUCACUCGGCGGAUAAUAGUUUACCCAGCACUGCAGCGUCUUCGAUGACAGCCAUUAAUAGCGCGCAGCAGAGCACAUUCGAACGCACGCAAAAGUAUCGCAGUUUUCGUGUGGCGGUACGAAAGAGCGCAACCACAGCGGCAGGGGCAGCUAAGGUCACAAUUACUGCGGGUUUGAGCGCGCGUCCGCCCUGGAAUAGCGGCGCUGGCGUGCGCAAUGCCGGUAAUAACGCAAAUAUGUCGAUUUAUGCAAGUCCAAAUGGCAGCAGCGUCGGCGGUAGUGGCGGCGGUGUAGGCGCUCUCAGCACGCGCACAUACCGAAAUUCGUUUCGACGUAGCACGCGCGAGUGCAUCAAUUGGCAAGCCGUAUGGGAACGCUCACUAGCGCUGCGGGGUUACGGCGCGAAUAGCGGAGUCUUUAAGAACUACGAUGAGGCUAUAAAACAGCAGGUUUGAAUUAUUACUUAAAUACUUAAGUCAUAUCCGGUUAAUUAAAUGCAUAUAUAUAUAUAUAACCCAAAUAGUUGUAAAUACCAUAUUAGCACAUCUAAUGUUACUGUUACAAAAAGCCAGCUGACCUCUUUUUACAAUAAACGCAUGCACACAUGUGGCCCUCUGUAAGCGUUUAAAACACUUGCCAUUAGCUUUGAAUCGUUCGCUUUGAUCCCCGACCAAGCGCUCAAUAAAAAAACGCAAGCAAUUUGAUAGCUCCACAUCGGCCUGCCCAGCCGUAUAGACGAGUUAAACGCCAGUAAUCAGCCGUACAACUCUUCUUUUAUGGUUGUUUUUAAUUUAUUUAAUUGUUGUUUUCGCCUUGUAACAUUAGACACGCCAACGAGUGUGUAUGUGCGUUCUCAGCCACUCAAAUGUAUCUUAGCGCAUAUGCUUACAAUAGCCAUUGUGACAAUCAAUUGCCCCACAAGCAAAACGCACGAUCGCUUCGAUCACUCAACUCAACCCUAUAUCAGGCAAUCAUUCGUAGUUGUCCCUCGAUCAGUCGCUUGGUCAUUCAUAUAAUUUUAUUUAGGCAGCCACAUAUGCACUCAUGUAUGUAUGUAUGUAUGUUUUCCCUAAGAAUUAUGCGUGAUCGUACUACUAUGUUAUACAUUGAGUGUAGGUGGUUUCACAACUACAUGCGUAUGAAUGUAACGCUCUAAGUGGCAGGAAAUUCAAGACGCAUGCGCUGUGCAUAUUGUUGGUCAUCAAGCCCAUCAACAUACUCGCUUGCUCAUUGUACCAAAGUUAAUUUUUAUGCACUCAUUCAACAAGUCUAUUUAGUUUCAAUUUCUUGUAUGUAC